GUAAAUCACAUCAUCAUUCAUGGGCGCUACAACACCAUAACAUUUCACGGGAACAGUUAAAGAGGGAAAUGGCAUUGUUGUAAUGUACGAUCUCCAACUAUGAUUCCUUUUCCCGUUUCCCCAUAAUAAUAAUACACACAAAAGAGAGACAGAGAGAGACUCGACCAAUGAACAAAAGUAUCUCUCUCACUACGUUUUUGUAAGGGAGAUAGAGAGAGAGAUGAAGCUUAUAAAGGAACGGACAGUGGGUGCGGCCGCGACUGUGUCGGGAGGAGGGGUAAGAGGAGGAGAAGUAGUGGUUGUAGGAGUAAAGUUGGAUGGAGAUAGUAGAGAAUUGCUGACGUGGACUUUAAUGAAAUUGGCAAAGCCAGGUGAUCGUGUUAUUGCUCUUCAUGUUCUCGAUUCUUUAACCGGUGUAGAAUUUGUAGGUGGAAGAACAUCACUUUUAUCUCUGGUGAAGACGUUUGAUUGUUUUUUAGCAGUUUAUGAAGGUUUCUGCAAUUUGAAGCAGGUAGAUUUGAAGUUAAAAGUGUGUAGAGGGUCAUCAGUAAGGAAAACUUUGGUAAGAGAAGCGAAAUCAAGUGGUGCAGCAAUGCUAAUUACGGGAACUUCUAAGAAACGUCAUAAAAUCCGUUCAUCAACCUCUGUAGCAAAGUAUUGUGCUAGAAAUUUGUCAAAGAGUUUUUCAGUGUUUGCUGUUAGUAAUGGCAAGAUUAUGUUCCAAAGAGAAGCCACCCCUGCAUCUGUCAAUCAUUUUCAAGGAAACAAUAUGAGCAAUAAUUUCACAGGAGUAACUAAUGCAAAUGAUUUUGCUGUGCCAGAUAAAUUGAACCAAGAGAGUCAAAAUUCUUCACAGAACAAUGAUUCUUCGGAUAGUCCUUCACUCUUAUCAAUUGCACAUAAUUCUGAAACUAAUUCACUUGAGGAAUCACUUGAUGAUGGUGAGGUUGAUAAUUCAUUGGCUUUGGUUCCAGUUCAAACGAAUGAGGCUGUGACAAAUUUCAAUUCCUCUGUGGUUGAAAGAUCACCGGAGUAUAAACAUGGUUGGUCAAUUCUUCGCCGGGUAUUCUUACCCAAGCGACGGCACAGAGAGGAAUCUCAUGGAAAAAGGACUUCUGUGGUUAAGUGGGUAUUCAAAGUACCAAGCCGGAACUCUUCAUCAGUAGUGUAUCCUGAUCAAAAACAGGUUGUUUUGAGCUUGAAAGAUGAUCAUUCUUCCAAUUUCGAUGGAGAGAAUGGUGCAAUUGUGCCAAUGGUUGGACCGAAGGUUGCAUGGUGUCCCAUCUCGCCAUUGCUUGGUUCAAGUGGCCUUCCUGAAGAGUUGAAAGGUCUACAUGAGAGAUAUUCAUCAUCAUGUAGAUUGUUCAGCUAUGAGGAACUUUGUUCGGCAACUUCUAACUUCAUGCCUGAAAACCUGGUAGGCAAAGGUGGCAGUAGUCAUGUUUACAAAGGCUGUCUUCCUGAUGGGAAGGAAUUGGCAGUGAAAAUCUUAAAGCCAUCUGAAGAUGUUUUAAAAGAGUUCAUAGCAGAAAUUGAUAUCAUUACGACUUUGCAUCACAAUAAUAUAAUCUCCCUAUUUGGGUUCUGCUUUGAACACAAUAAUUUACUCUUGGUUUAUGAUUUUUUAUCAAGAGGAAGCCUAGAAGAGAACCUUCAUGGUAAUAAGAAAGAUGGGAAUUCAUUUGGUUGGCAAGGAAGAUUUAAGGUGGCUGUGGGUGUAGCCGAGGCACUUGACUAUCUACACAGUUUCUGUGAUCAGCCUGUGAUCCAUAGGGAUGUCAAAUCUUCAAAUAUACUUUUAUCAGAUGAUUUUGAGCCACAGUUGUCAGAUUUUGGACUUGCUAGUUGGGUUUCAACAUCUUCAUCACAUAUGGCUUGCACUGAUGUGGCAGGAACAUUUGGUUACUUGGCUCCAGAAUACUUCUUGCAUGGCAAAGUAAGUGACAAAGUCGAUGUUUUUGCAUUUGGUGUUGUGCUUCUUGAGCUGCUUUCUGGUAGAAUGCCAAUCAAUGGUGAAAAUCCAAAGGGCCAGGAGAGUCUUGUAAUGUGGGCAAAGCCAAUUCUGGAUGGUGGUAAAGUUUCCGAAUUGCUUGAUCCACAUAUAGGAACCAAUUAUAAUGAUGAUCAGAUCGAGAGAAUGGUUUUAGCUGCUACCCUCUGUAUCAGACGCUCUCCGAGAUCUCGGCCUCAAAUCAGCCUUGUUUUAAAGCUCCUCCAAGGUGACGAUGAAGUAAAGAAUUGGGCAAGACAACAAGUUAGCGCAUCAGAAGAAGUUGAAGAUGUCGAAGUGGAUGAGGAAGCAAUUCCUACAAAUAUCCAAUCCCAUCUUAACCUUGCAUUCCUAGACUUAGAGGACGAAGAUUCUCUUUCAGUAAGCAGCACUGAACAAGGUAUUUCACUAGAGGAUUACUUGCAAGGGAGAUGGAGCCGCACAUCAAGCUUUGACUAACCUAUAAUAUAUUGCAGUGAAAAGCCAACAUGCAAGUGUGAAGAUGUUUCUGUUUAUAUAUUUGUAAAGCCCCUUCUGUUUGUGGGAUUUUCCUUCAUUGCCUAAUUUGGUUGGGUUGGGUCUUGGAAGAGAGGUUGUUUUGCAAGAGGUUUGCCCCCCUCCUUGACUUGGAAAAUUGUCACCUUCCAUAUAUUUUUAUGGGCGGGGCAUGUUCUUGUUAUUUAUACGUAGUCUUGUAUGAAUCUUCAUGUAGCCGAAGUGGCAGAAAGAGAGGAUUCACCCAAGGGGCCAUUUUUUUUA